AUGAAAGUCUUUUUUUACGCAGUCAGAGCAGGGCGAAGACCUGGAAUCUAUAAAAGUUGAGAUGAAUGUCUAGAACAAAUACAUAAAUUUCAAGGCGCCGAUUACAAGAAAUUCCCUGAUUUCGAUUCUGCUAAAAAAUUUUUAAGCUAUGAAUCUAAAGAAAUUCCUAAAACGUUGCAGUCAUCAGAAACUGAAGACAUUGAAAAAGAAAAGAAAGAAAUAUUCGAUAAUGCUGGAAUUGUAUAUACAGAUGGAGGAUCUCGGGGCAAUCCUGGGAUUGCUGGCUGUGGAGCUGCUCUCUACAACUUAAAACACAUAGAAGUAGCAAGCUCGUACAAGUUUUUAGGUAGGAAGCUUACAAAUAACAUUGCAGAAUAUGAAGGAGUUCUUCUUGGUAUGGAGCUUGCUACUGAGCAUAAUGUGAAAAAAUUAGAAGUCCGUUCAGAUUCUAAAUUGGCUGUGUCACAAAUUCAAGGGAAAUGAGCUGUGCGACAUCCUGAUAUAAUGGAAAUUUGGAACAAAACUAUGAGCAAAACUAAAAAUUUUGAGUCUUUUUCAAUAAAACACAUUGACAGAGAAAUGAACUCUAGGGCUGACGAACUUGCAAACAAGGGAAUGGAUCUUAUAAUUGUUGAAAAUAAUGAAAUAUAA